AGGAAACACAACAAAACAUAUCCACCAUGAUUAAAAAGAAAGUGAUCUCAACUUCAAAGAAAAAUGUCAUUGGUGAUUAAAUAUCCGUCCUAACUUGGUUGACAAAGUUUACUACUAUUAAUUAGUUUUUUUUUUUUAAAAAGAAAAGUGGUUUAUUUAUGUUUUAUCCGCCGCUCUUUGUUUUCUCCGCUUUCUUAUUUUCCUCCUAACUCCCAACGGAUUCCUCGAGGUUCAUCUCUUCUCUUUUCUUUCUUAUACAAUCUUCUCAGAUCUCUUUCUAUCUUUCUCUUCAUCUCCAUUUCCACUUUCUCUCUCUUCUUCCUCAACAAAAUGCAAUCCUCUCUCUCCCUCACUUUCUCCCCCACCACCUCCGCCGCCGCCACAAUCUCCAGAUCACAUCACUCUCUCCCACUCUCCACUGCCAAACCUCUAAACCUCCGUUUCUGCGGUUUGAGACGCGAGGCGUUGGGUUUAGGGUUUUCAACUUCUCUUAACCGUAAUCUCCGCCGUCAACACUCCGCUAUAGUAUCCGCUGCCCGCUCCGACAAUGGCAGCAGCACUUCUGGAUCCUUCGAUUAUGAUUUGUUGAUUAUUGGUGCCGGUGUUGGUGGUCACGGUGCUGCGCUUCACGCCGUCGAGAAGGGAUUGAAAACAGCUAUAGUGGAGGGAGACGUGGUGGGAGGGACAUGUGUGAACAGAGGCUGUGUUCCUUCGAAAGCUCUUUUGGCUGCUAGUGGUCGUAUGCGGGAGCUAAGGAGUGAUCAUCACUUGAAGUCAUUGGGCUUACAUGUUUCUUCUGCUGGGUAUGACAGACAAGGAGUGGCUGAUCAUGCCAAUAAUCUUGCUUCCAAAAUCCGUAAUAAUUUGACAAGCUCCCUUAAAGCGAUAGGAGUGGACAUACUUACUGGUUUUGGUACUAUAUUGGGUCCUCAAAAGGUGAAAAUUGGCUCUUCAGACAACAUCGUAACUGCAAAAAAUAUCAUCAUUGCCACUGGGUCUGUUCCUUUUGUUCCUAAGGGUGUUGAAGUUGAUGGGAAGUCUGUGAUUACCAGUGACCAUGCACUCAAACUGGAGUCUGUUCCUGACUGGAUAGCAAUUGUAGGAAGUGGGUAUAUUGGCCUUGAGUUCAGUGAUGUAUAUACAGCACUUGGAAGUGAGGUUACUUUUGUUGAAGCUUUAGACCAGCUUAUGCCUGGAUUUGAUCCUGAAAUCAGCAAGUUGGCUCAAAGGGUUCUUAUAAAUCCCCGUAAUAUUGACUAUCAUACUGGAGUUUUUGCGUCCAAGAUCACGCCUGCAAGGGAUGGAAAACCCGUCUUGAUUGAACUUAUUGAUGCAAAAACUAAGGAACCAAAGGACACUUUGGAGGUGGAUGCUGCACUAAUAGCAACUGGAAGGGCUCCAUUCACACAAGGUCUAGGACUGGAGAAUGUUGAUGUGGCAACACAGCGAGGUUUUAUCCCCGUGGAUGAGCGCAUGCGUGUAAUUGAUGCAAAUGGCAAGCUGGUACCUCAUUUAUACUGUAUUGGUGAUGCAAAUGGAAAGAUGAUGCUUGCUCAUGCUGCCAGUGCACAAGGAAUUUCAGUGGUUGAACAAGUCACAGGAAGAGAUCACGUGCUCAAUCAUUUAAGUAUUCCAGCUGCAUGUUUCACUCAUCCUGAAAUCAGCAUGGUUGGAUUGACAGAGCCUCAAGCAAGGGAGAAAGGUGAAAAAGAGGGGUUUGAAGUGAGUGUUGCAAAAACAAGUUUUAAAGCUAACACAAAAGCCCUAGCAGAAAAUGAAGGGGAGGGACUUGCCAAGUUGAUAUACAGACCUGACAAUGGAGAGAUCUUAGGAGUUCAUAUUUUUGGUUUGCACGCAGCAGAUCUCAUCCAUGAAGCUUCCAAUGCUAUAGCAUUAGGAACACGUAUUCAGGACCUUAAAUUGGCAGUUCAUGCACAUCCAACUCUAUCUGAGGUUCUUGAUGAGCUAUUUAAAUCAGCAAAGGUUAAAGAACACGCUUCUAUCCCAGAACUUCCAAAACAUUACACAUCUUCCAGCGGAGGAGACGAGCACAUUCAGAAUCCUGUAAAAGAAGGGAACCGUUUGAGGGGGAUCACAACUGGCCUGAUAAUGGAAAGCAGACGAAUAUUACUUGUAUUAAUAUAUUUUUUUCAUGAUAUUUAUAGGGUCUGUCAAAGAUACUUACAUUUAUUAUUAUUGUUCCUUUUAAGUUAGUUUGUUUUUCCUUGUUGUAGUCAUUGAGAGACGUUCUUUGAAAGUGGCCUAUUUUUUGGUUUAGUUUUGCACCCAAUAAAUAUGUACCAUAACAGUUUUCCGAAAUUUAUAAUUUAUCAUAACAAAUGUAUCAUAACUGUUCUUCUCA